AUGGACCGCAGUCGUUUACUGUGCGAUAUUCAACAUAGCGAUUCAGUUACUAGAAGAAACUUUAUAAUGUUUUCAUUAAAAAAGAUCGAUUCAUUUUUAUUCGGCGAAACAUUGACUGAAACUCUUAUGACAGCAAAAUCAAUAAACAAGUCUGGAAUCGAAUUAAAGGCUGACCCUUCUACAAAAAAUAUAAGUAAACGGCAAAAAAUAUCUAAUCAGAAUCAGUUAAACGGGAAAGCUCCCGGGCCGGCGUACAGGCAACCAGGCCCAUCGCAGAGGAGUCGCGAGCCUGCAUUCCCGCGCAGAUUACCUCCCCAAGGUAGUGGCCGCGGCCGCAACCGCUGCCGCCACCACCACCGCCGCCCGCCACCGUCUCAAACACAGGGACGACGUCGCUACUGA